AUGAGCGGGCAGAAGAAGAGGAAUUUUCAGAUUGAAGCGUUUAAACACAAAGUGGUGGUGGAUCCCAAGUAUGCGGACAAGACUUGGAAGAUUCUCGAGCAUGCGAUUCAUGAGAUUUAUAAUCACAAUGCUAGCGGACUAAGCUUUGAAGAAUUAUACAGAAACGCUUACAAUAUGGUACUGCACAAGUUUGGGGAGAAGCUGUACUCGGGACUAGUGUCGACCAUGACUCUCCAUCUCCAGACGAUGUCCAAAUCCAUAGAGGCUGCCCAGGGCCCACUAUUUCUUGACGAGCUCAAUGCGAAAUGGAACGACCACAACAAGGCCCUUCAGAUGAUCCGAGAUAUCCUCAUGUAUAUGGACAGGACCUUCAUCCCGAGCACCCACAAGACGCCCGUCCAUGAGCUCGGGCUCAACCUCUGGCGGGACAACGUGGUCCACUCCGCCAAAAUCCAGCCGCGCCUUCUGAACACGAUCCUCGACCUCAUACUCCGGGAGCGCUCAGGUCAGGUGAUCAACCGAGGCCUUAUGCGGAACGUCGUCAAGAUGCUGAUGGACCUUGGGCCAGCGGUCUACCAGGAGGAUUUCGAGCGCCCAUUCCUCGAUGUUUCGGCAGACUUCUACCGGGCAGAGUCCCAGGAGUUCAUUGAGUGCAGCGACUGCGGGGGUUACCUCAAGAAAGCCGAGAGGCGUCUCAUUGAAGAAAUAGACAGGGUCUCUCACUACUUGGACGAGAGGAGCGAGCCUAAAAUCACAAACGUGGUUGAGAAGGAAAUGAUAGCCAACCACAUGCUCAGGCUCGUUCACAUGGAGAACUCGGGCCUCGUGAAGAUGCUCCUCGACGACAAAAUCGAGGACCUGCGACGGAUGUACAUUUUAUUCCGCCGGGUCCCGGAUGGCCUCUCCACUAUCCGGGACGUGAUGACAUCGCACAUACGAGAGGCGGGCAAGCAGCUCGUGACCGACCCCGAGAAGUCAAAGAACCCCGUCGAGUUUGUCGACACCCUCCUCAGGACAAGAGAGAAGUACGACCUCAUCAUAACCCACGCGUUCUCCAAUGAUAAAACCUUUCAGAACGCCCUCAGCUCGUCGUUUGAGUAUUUCAUCAAUUUAAACCCUCGCUCGCCCGAGUACGUGUCGCUGUUUGUGGACGACAAGCUGCGCAAGGGGCUGAAGGGAGUGAAGGAGGAGGACAUCGAGAUGGUGCUCGACAAGGUGAUGAUCCUGUUCAGGUACCUCCAGGAGAAGGACGUUUUCGAGAAGUACUACAAGCAGCACCUUGCCAAGCGGCUGCUCUCGGGAAAAACGGUGUCCGACGAUGCGGAGAGGAGCCUGAUCGUGAAGCUGAAGACGGAGUGCGGGUACCAGUUCACGUCGAAGCUGGAGGGCAUGUUCACUGACAUGAAGACAUCCCAGGACACGAUGCAGGGGUUCUACGGGGCCCACGGGGCCGAGUUGGGGAGCUCCCCAACGCUGGUCGUCCAGGUGCUGACAACUGGGUCGUGGCCCACGCAGACGAGCCAGACGUGCAAUUUGCCGUCCGAGCUGUCGACACUGUGCGACAGGUUUCGGUCGUAUUACCUCGGGACUCACACGGGCCGGCGGCUGUCGUGGCAGACGAACAUGGGGACGGCCGACCUGCGGGCUACUUUUGGAAAUGGGCACAAGUAUGAGCUGAAUGUGUCGACUUACCAGAUGUGUGUGUUGAUGCUUUUCAACAACACGGACCGACUCACGUAUAGGGAGAUCGAGCAGGCCACUGAGAUAACCGCGUCAGACCUAAAGCGGUGCCUGCAGUCCUUGGCUUGCGUGAAAGGCAAAAAUGUACUGCGCAAGGAACCCAUGAGCAGGGAUAUAGGGGAGGAAGAUGCAUUUUCUGUGAAUGAUAACUUUACGAGCAAGCUCAGAAAGGUGAAGAUCGGGACUGUAGUGGCACAGAAGGAGUCGGAGCCCGAGAAGCAAGAGACGAGGCAGAGGGUGGAGGAGGACAGGAAGCCGCAGAUCGAGGCUGCCAUUGUUAGAAUUAUGAAGUCAAGGAGGGUUUUGGAUCACAAUAAUAUUAUUGCUGAGGUCACUAAGCAGUUGCAGUCGAGGUUUUUGGCUAAUCCCGGGGAGAUCAAGAAACGGAUCGAGUCACUUAUCGAGCGGGAUUUCUUGGAGAGGGAUAACGUGGAUAGAAGGUUAUACCGUUAUCUUGCGUGA